GGAAGAGGAAACGCAACGCAGAAGAUUCCAGAAAUAUACGAAACCCAAAAGAACGGUCCGCCGUCACAGACACAAGAGAGCAAUCGUCAAUAGGGAUGCGACAAAAACAACCAAUGUAACAUCUCGAUCGGGGCUAUUGAACAGAACAAAAUCCGAAUUGAAUGAUUCAUUUAGUGACCCAAAUUCUUAUUCUAAUGAUACAAAAAUUAAGAAGAAUAAAGCGAAGUCGCAAAAAGACAGGAUGCAUUAUUCGAAUUAUCAGAAAGAGAUUCCAUACGAAAACUACUCGUCUGAAGAGAGUUUAUCUUUGAGAAAGAUAUCAAAGGUGAUUGAAGACGCGAAGACUGAGAAAGCGAUAGCUUCUGAUGACGACGAAAGCGAUGACAUCACAAAAUCUAUUUACGAAAUGUAUUACAAAGUCAAGCCCAAAAAGAAUGCGUUCAAGCCGUUUCUAAGGAACCCACAUUUGAACCACCAUACGAAGAAUUCUAGAGGGAGUUACUCGAGAAAGAACGUUAAUUUGAGACCAGCCAAUCGUGAUGCGUCUAAAAGAACAAUUGGGCGUUUGAUAGAUAAAAGAAGAAAUGUUAAAACGGAUGAUUACAGUAAUGAAUCGGAUGAAUCUUCAGAAUAUACUAAGAUUGAUGAGCACAGGGUAUAUUCAUCUCAAGAAGACUCAUCAGAGGACAUUCAGACAAAUGAAGAAUACUGGAGAACACAGAAGAACAGACGUAAGAGGACUUUACAACGCGAAGAAUCGGAGAGUGAAGGAAAACAGGAUUACCUAAUAACUCUGCGUCCGACGCAGAUAAGAACCUUCGUGGUUUGGUUUGACAACAUUAAGAAUUAACUAAAUAAUUCCUAAAUUAUUACAAGCACAAA